GGGCGGAUUUUCUUACCUUGUGAAAAACCCUCUCAGCGGCUGCCCCCGCCUCCUCUGCUGGAUGUGAAAUGGCGGUCGGCGAGGCAAGUGUGAGCACCGCAGCUCCGGCCAAUCCCGCAUAGCCGCCAAAACGGCCCCGAACACUGGCGCCCUCCUCCCGCAAGCCCCUCGGAGCCCAUCCAUGAGAUAGGUGCUCCGCCGCCCCUUCCGCUGCCCCUCACCCAGUGGUUGCGUCCGUGACAUCAUCAUCAUGGCAACAAGAGCUGCAGCCUGGGACCGAGGAGCCCGUGUGAUUCCCGGCGGCGGCGGCAGUGGCGGCAGCACCAGCACCGACGAAAGCUCGAGGGCUUCUCUCCUGCGGCCCCUUGCCGGGUGCUCCUGAGGAGGCGGCGGCAGCAGCGCCUACACCGCCCCGCCCGCCGCUGCUCCUCGAGGUGUCUCCGUGUGAGGGGAGGGGGCCUUGCCGAGAAGGGGAGGGGGCGCCGCCGCCGCUGCGGAGGGAGCCGCCGCCGCUGCUGCUGCCGCUGCCGGGUCGCCAGUGAAGGGAGGCAGUGGUGGCGGCGGCGAACAUGUUUUCAGUAAGGAUAGUGACUGCAGACUACUACAUGGCCAGCCCGCUGCAGGGGCUGGAUACCUGCCAAUCCCCCCUCACCCAGGCCCCUGUCAAGAAGGUGCCGGUGGUGCGAGUCUUCGGAGCGACCCCGGCAGGUCAGAAGACAUGUCUUCAUCUACAUGGCAUCUUUCCUUACCUCUAUGUGCCAUAUGAUGGUUAUGGACAGCAGCCAGAAAGCUAUCUUUCUCAGAUGGCAUUCAGUAUCGACAGAGCACUUAAUGUGGCUUUAGGCAAUCCAUCUUCCACUGCUCAGCAUGUGUUCAAAGUGUCAUUGGUAUCAGGAAUGCCUUUUUAUGGUUAUCAUGAGAAGGAAAGACACUUUAUGAAGAUCUAUCUUUACAAUCCUGCAAUGGUGAAAAGGAUAUGUGAACUUUUGCAAAGCGGAGCUAUAAUGAAUAAAUUUUACCAGCCUCAUGAAGCGCAUAUUCCCUACCUCCUACAGCUCUUCAUUGACUACAAUCUUUAUGGCAUGAAUUUAAUAAAUCUGGCUGCUGUCAAGUUCCGAAAAGCAAGAAGUAAAAGUAAUACAUUGCAUGCAACUGGAUCCUGCAAGAAUCAUUUAUCAGGAAAUUCUCUUGCUGAUACUUUAUUUCGGUGGGAACAAGAUGAAAUACCAAGCUCUUUAAUAUUGGAAGGUGUUGAACCACAGAGUACAUGUGAAUUAGAAGUGGAUGCUGUAGCUGCUGAUAUCUUAAAUCGUCUGGACAUUGAAGCUCAAAUUGGUGGAAACCCUGGUCUACAGGCCAUAUGGGAAGAUGAAAAGCAACGGCGAAGAAACAGAAAUGAAACUUCUCAGAUCAGCCAACCUGAGUCACAAGAUCACAGGUUUGUGCCAGCAACAGAAAGUGAAAAAAAAUUUCAGAAGAGACUUCAGGAAAUUCUCAAACAGAAUGAUUUCUCUGUAACGUUAUCAGGAUCUGUGGACUACAGUGAUGGAUCCCAGGAGUUCUCUGCUGAGUUAACAUUGCACUCUGAGGUUCUGUCUCCUGAAAUGCUUCAGUGUACACCAGCCAAUAUGGUAGAAGUUCACAAAGACAAAGAGUCAAGCAAAGGUCACACUAGACACAAAGUAGAAGAAGCACUUAUUAAUGAAGAAGCAAUUUUGAACCUCAUGGAAAAUAGUCAGACUUUUCAGCCUUUGACCCAAAGACUGAGUGAGUCACCUGUUUUCAUGGACAGUAGUCCUGAUGAGGCUCUGGUACAUCUUCUUGCUGGUUUGGAAAGUGAUGGAUAUCAGGGGGAAAGAAAUAGGAUGCCAUCACCGUGUCGCUCCUUUGGAAAUAAUAAAUAUCACCAAAAUAGUGAUGAUGAAGAAAAUGAACCACAGAUUGAAAAAGAGGAAAUGGAGCUUAGUUUGGUGAUGUCCCAGAGAUGGGACAGCAAUAUUGAAGAACAUUGUGCCAGAAAGAGAUCACUGUGCAGAAAUACCCACAGAAGUUCAACUGAAGAUGAUGACUCAUCUUCAGAAGAAGAAAUGGAAUGGAGUGAUAACAGUUUGCUUCUAGCCAAUCUUUCUAUACCUCAGUUAGAUGGAACUGCAGAUGAAAAUAGUGACAAUCCAUUGAACAACGAAAAUUCUAGAACCCACUCUUCCGUAAUUGCAACAAGCAAGCUAUCAGUUAAACCCUCCAUCUUUCACAAAGAUGCUGCUACAUUAGAACCCUCAUCUUCUGCUAAGAUUACCUUUCAGUGUAAACACACAAGUGCCCUUUCUUCCCAUGUUUUGAACAAGGAAGAUUUAAUUGAAGACCUUUCACAGACAAACAAAAAUAUAGAAAAAGGUCUAGAUAAUUCAGUCACUUCUUUUACAAAUGAAAGCACUUACUCUAUGAAAUACCCUGGAUCUUUAAGCAGUACUGUUCAUUCAGAAAAUUCUCAUAAAGAGAAUAGUAAGAAAGAGAUCCUCCCAGUAUCUUCCUGUGAAAGUAGUAUUUUUGAUUACGAAGAAGAUAUUCCAUCUGUUACAAGACAAGUACCAAGUAGAAAAUAUACAAACAUUAGAAAAAUCGAAAAGGAUUCCCCUUUUAUACAUAUGCACCGUCACCCUAACGAGAAUACAUUGGGCAAAAAUUCUUUCAACUUUUCUGACUUAAAUCAUUCAAAAAAUAAAGUAUCCUCUGAAGGAAAUGAAAAAGGAAACAGCACAGCUCUGAGUAGUUUAUUCCCUUCAUCAUUUACCGAAAAUUGUGAAUUGCUGUCAUGCUCAGGGGAGAAUAGAACUAUGGUGCAUUCUCUUAAUAGCACUGCUGAUGAAAGUGGACUAAAUAAACUUAAAAUUAGGUAUGAAGAAUUUCAAGAACAUAAAACAGAAAAGCCAAGCCUCAGCCAGCAAGCAGCACACUAUAUGUUUUUUCCCAGUGUUGUUCUUUCUAACUGUCUUACUAGACCACAGAAACUAUCUCCUGUCACAUAUAAAUUACAACCUGGCAAUAAACCAUCCCGGUUAAAAUUGAAUAAAAGGAAACUUGCAGGUCAUCAGGAGACUUCUACCAAAAGUAGCGAGACUGGAUCCACAAAAGAUAAUUUUAUACAAAAUAAUGCUUGUAAUAGUAAUCCUGAGAAGGAUAAUGCAUUGGCUAGCGAUUUAACUAAAACCACUCGUGGAGCUUUUGAAAAUAAAACACCCACAGAUGGUUUUAUAGACUGUCAUUUUGGAGAUGGAACGUUAGAAACUGAGCAGUCCUUUGGACUAUAUGGAAAUAAAUACACACUUAGAGCCAAACGCAAGGUAAAUUAUGAGACUGAGGAUAGUGAGUCAAGUUUUGUAACACACAACUCAAAAAUUAGUCUACCUCAUCCCAUGGAAAUUGGUGAAAGUUUAGAUGGAACUCUCAAAUCUCGAAAACGAAGAAAAAUGUCUAAAAAGUUGCCCCCUGUCAUCAUAAAGUAUAUUAUUAUUAAUAGAUUUAGAGGGAGAAAAAAUAUGCUUGUGAAGCUAGCUAAAAUAGACUCUAAAGAAAAACAAGUAAUAUUAACAGAAGAAAAAAUGGAACUAUAUAAAAAGCUUGCACCUUUGAAGGACUUUUGGCCAAAAGUUCCUGACUCCCCUGCAACCAAAUAUCCCAUUUAUCCACUAACACCAAAGAAAAGUCACAGAAGAAAGUCAAAACAUAAAUCUGCUAAGAAAAAAACUGGUAAACAAAGGACAAAUAAUGAAAAUAUUAAAAGAACUUUGUCUUUCAGGAAAAAACGGUCACAUGCUAUUCUUUCUCCUCCCUCACCAUCUUACAAUGCUGAAACCGAAGAUUGUGACUUGAAUUAUAGUGAUGUUAUGUCUAAACUAGGUUUUCUUUCUGAGAGAAGCACAAGUCCCAUAAAUUCUUCUCCACCUCGCUGCUGGUCUCCAACAGAUCCAAGAGCUGAAGAAAUCAUGGCUGCUGCAGAAAAAGAGGCAAUGCUUUUUAAGGGUCCUAAUGUAUAUAAGAAGACCGUUAAUUCUCGUAUAGGAAAAAACAGUCGUGCAAGAGGACAGGUUAAGAAAUCAAAAGCAAAGCUUGCUAAUCCCUCUGUAGUUACUAAGAAAAGGAACAAACGAAAUCAGACAAAUAAACUAGUAGAUGAUGGAAAAAAGAAACCAAGAGCAAAACAAAAAACAAAUGAGAAAGGUACAUCGAGAAAGCAUAUAACACUUAAGGAUGAAAAAAUAAAAUCUCAGUCUGGUGCUGAAGUUAAGUUUGUACUGAAACACCAGAAUGUGUCUGAAUUUGCUAGUAGUUCUGGAGGCUCUCAACUACGUUUUAAACAGAAAGAUAUGCCACUAAUGGGCUCUGCUGUAGAUCAUCCCCUUUCUGCUCCCCUACCCACUGGAAUUAAUGCACAACAGAAGUUAUCUGGCUGCUUUUCUUUCUUAGAAAGCAAGAAGUCUGUAGAUUUGCAGACAUUCCCCAGUUCGCAAGAUGAUUUGCAUCCAUCAGUUGUUUGUAAUUCUAUAGGACCUGGAAUCUCAAAAAUUAAUGUUCAAAGGCCUCAUAAUCAAAGUGCUAUGUUUACUCUAAAGGAAUCAACGUUAAUUCAAAAAAAUAUAUUUGACCUUUCCAACCAUUUAUCUCAGGUAGCACAGAAUACACAGAUAUCUUCGGGUACGUCCUCAAAGAUAGAAGAUAAUGCCAAUAAUAUACAAAGAAACUAUUUGUCAUCAGUCGGAAAGUUAAGUGAAUAUCGCAAUUCCCUAGAAUCAAAGCUGGACCAAGCAUAUACCCCUAAUUUUUUGCAUUGCAAAGACAGUCAGCAGCAGAUUGUGUGCAUAGCGGAACAGUCAAAGCACAGUGAAACUUGUUCUCCGGGAAAUACAGCUUCAGAGGAAAGCCAAAUGCCUAAUAAUUGCUUUGUAACUUCCUUGAGAAGUCCAAUCAAACAAAUAGCAUGGGAGCAAAAGCAAAGGGGCUUUAUUUUAGAUAUGUCAAAUUUUAAACCUGAAAGAGUAAAACAGAGGUCAUUAUCAGAAGCAAUUUCACAAACCAAAGCACUUACUCAGUGUAAAAAUCGAAAUGUGUCAACACCUUCAGCAUUUGGUGAAGGACAGUCUGGACUGGCAGUUCUAAAAGAAUUGUUACAAAAAAGACAGCAGAAAGCACAAAAUGCAAAUGUUACACAAGACCCAUUAUCUAAUAAACAUCAACCAAAUAAAAAUAUUUCUGGUUCCCUUGAACAUAACAAAGCAAAUAAACGGACACGAUCGGUAACAUCCCAAAGAAAACCUCGAACUCCCAGAAGUACAAAACAAAAAGAAAAAAUCCCCAAACUUCUCAAAGUAGACUCUUUAAAUUUACAAAACUCUAGCCAGUUGGAUAACUCCAUAUCAGAUGAUAGUCCCAUCUUUUCUUCAGAUCCAGGUUUUGAAAGUUGUUAUUCACUUGAAGAUAGUUUAUCUCCUGAACAUAAUUAUAAUUUUGAUAUUAACACAAUAGGUCAGACUGGAUUUUGUAGCUUUUAUUCUGGAAGUCAGUUUGUCCCAGCCGAUCAGAAUUUGCCUCAGAAGUUCCUAAGUGAUGCUGUUCAGGAUCUUUUUCCAGGACAAGCUAUAGAAAAAAAUGAGUUUUUAAGUCAUGACAACCAGAAAUGUGAUGAAGACAAGCAUCAUACCACAGACUCAGCCUCAUGGAUUAGAUCUGGUACUUUAAGUCCUGAAAUUUUUGAGAAAUCAUCCAUAGAUAGCAAUGAGAAUCAUCGCCACAACCAAUGGAAAAAUAGCUUUCAUCCUCUAACAACUCGGUCUAACUCAAUAAUGGAUUCUUUCUGUGUUCAGCAGGCAGAAGACUGUCUAAAUGAAAAAUCUAGAUUGAAUAGGAGUUCAGUAAGCAAAGAAGUGUUUCUUAGCCUCCCACAGCCAAACAAUUCAGACUGGAUUCAAGGUCACACCAGAAAAGAAAUGGGACAGUCUCUUGACUCAGCCAAUACCUCUUUUACUGCAAUACUCUCCUCCCCUGAUGGUGAACUUGUGGACAUGGCCUGUGAAGAUUUAGAACUGUAUGUUUCAAGAAACAAUGAUAUGUUGACACCAACUCCUGAUAGUUCACCAAGAUCUACUAGUUCUCCUUCACAAUCUAAAAAUGGCAGCUUCACCCCUCGAACUGCUAACAUUCUGAAACCACUUAUGUCCCCCCCAAGCAGGGAAGAAAUUAUGGCAACUUUGUUGGAUCAUGACCUUUCAGAGACUAUUUACCAGGAACCAUUUUGCAGUAAUCCUUCUGAUGUACCAGAAAAGCCCAGGGAGAUUGGUGGACGGCUCCUCAUGGUAGAAACUCGACUUGCAAAUGAUCUGGCUGAGUUUGAGGGAGACUUUUCCUUGGAAGGACUUUGUCUUUGGAAAACAGCAUUCUCAGCAAUGACUCAGAAUCCAAGGCCAGGGUCACCCCUUCGCAGUGGCCAAGGAGUUGUCAAUAAAGGGUCAAGUAAUAGCCCUAAGAUGGUUGAAGAUAAAAAAAUUGUGAUUAUGCCUUGCAAAUGUGCCCCAAGUCGACAACUGGUUCAAGUGUGGCUUCAAGCCAAAGAAGAAUACGAACGUUCCAAGAAACUGCCUAAACCCAAGCCAACUGGAGUUGUAAAAUCUGCUGAGAACUUUAGCUCUUCAUUUAACCCAGAUGACAAACCUGUAGUGCCUCCAAAAAUGGAUGUAAGUCCACGUAUACUCCCCACUACAGCACAUACCAAGGAGGAUGUUGAUAAUUCUCAGAUUGCUUUACAAGCACCAACCACGGGAUGUAGUCAAACUGCAAGUGAAAGUCAGAUGCUGCCACCAGUUGCCUCUGCAAGUGAUCCCGAAAAAGAUGAAGAUGAUGAUGAUAACUAUUACAUUAAUUAUAGCUCCCCUGAUUCUCCAGUAAUUCCCCCUUGGCAACAACCAAUAUCCCCAGAUUCCAAAGCGUUAAAUGGAGAUGAUAGACCCUCAUCACCAGUAGAGGAGCUGCCUUCAUUGGCUGUUGAGAACUUCUUAAAGCCAAUAAAAGAUGGUAUACAAAAAAGCCCCUGCAGUGAGACUCAAGAGCCUCUAGUGAUAUCUCCAAUUAAUACUAGGGCAAGAACUGGGAAAUGUGAAUCACUUUGCCUUCAUAGUACACCAAUCAUACAGAGAAAACUUGUGGAAAGGCUUCCUGAAGCAACUGGCCUUAGCCCAUUAUCAACAGAACCAAAAACACAGAAGUUGAGUAAUAAGAAAGGAAGUAAUACUGACACUCUUAGAAGAGUACUGUUAACACAAGCAAAGAAUCAAUUUGCAGCAGUAAAUACCCCACAGAAAGAAACUUCUCAGAUUGAUGGACCAUCUUUAAACAAUACUUACGGUUUCAAAGUCAGCAUACGAAACUUACAGGAGGCAAAAGCUUUACAUGAGAUACAAAAUCUUACCCUAAUCAGUGUGGAGUUGCAUGCUCGAACUAGACGAGACUUAGAACCGGAUCCUGAAUUUGACCCAAUCUGUGCUCUGUUCUACUGCAUCUCAUCUGACACUCCACUGCCAGAUACAGAAAAAACAGAACUCACAGGUGUAAUAGUGAUUGAUAAAGACAAGACAGUUUUCAGUCAAGAUAUCAGAUAUCAGACUCCAUUACUUAUUAGAUCUGGAAUUACAGGACUCGAAGUCACCUAUGCUGCUGAUGAGAAGGCCCUUUUUCAUGAAAUUGCAAAUAUAAUAAAGAGGUAUGAUCCUGAUAUUCUGCUAGGAUAUGAGAUUCAGAUGCAUUCCUGGGGUUACCUCUUACAAAGGGCUGCCGCUUUAAGUGUUGACUUAUGUCAGAUGAUCUCUCGGGUGCCAGAUGACAAAAUUGAGAACAGAUUUGCAGCUGAAAGAGAUGAGUAUGGAUCAUAUACAAUGAGUGAGAUAAAUAUUGUUGGCCGAAUUACACUAAAUCUUUGGAGAAUCAUGAGAAAUGAGGUGGCUCUAACUAACUACACCUUUGAAAAUGUGAGCUUUCAUGUUCUUCAUCAGCGUUUUCCUCUCUUUACCUUCCGAGUCUUGUCAGAUUGGUUUGAUAACAAGACAGAUCUAUACAGAUGGAAAAUGGUUGAUCAUUAUGUUAGCCGUGUCCGUGGAAAUCUCCAAAUGUUAGAACAGCUGGACCUGAUUGGGAAAACCAGUGAGAUGGCUAGACUUUUUGGCAUUCAGUUUUUACAUGUACUGACAAGGGGUUCACAGUACCGUGUGGAAUCAAUGAUGUUGCGUAUUGCUAAACCAAUGAACUAUAUUCCUGUGACACCUAGUGUUCAGCAAAGAUCCCAAAUGAGAGCCCCACAGUGUGUUCCUCUAAUUAUGGAGCCUGAAUCCCGCUUCUAUAGCAACUCUGUUCUCGUUUUGGAUUUCCAAUCACUUUAUCCUUCUAUUGUGAUUGCAUAUAACUACUGCUUUUCCACCUGCCUUGGCCAUGUGGAGAACUUGGGAAAGUAUGAUGAGUUCAAAUUUGGCUGUACCUCUCUGAGAGUACCUCCAGAUUUACUUUACCAAGUUAGGCAUGAUAUCACAGUGUCCCCCAAUGGAGUAGCUUUUGUCAAGCCUUCAGUAAGAAAAGGUGUACUACCAAGAAUGCUUGAAGAAAUUUUGAAGACUAGAUUUAUGGUGAAGCAGUCAAUGAAGGCUUACAAGCAAGACAGAGCCCUGUCACGAAUGCUUGAUGCACGUCAGUUGGGACUUAAGCUGAUAGCAAAUGUCACAUUUGGCUAUACAUCUGCUAAUUUUUCUGGGAGAAUGCCAUGCAUUGAAGUUGGCGAUAGUAUUGUUCACAAAGCCAGAGAGACCUUGGAACGAGCUAUUAAACUGGUGAAUGACACCAAGAAAUGGGGGGCUAGGGUUGUAUAUGGCGAUACUGACAGUAUGUUUGUGCUACUGAAAGGUGCCACUAAGGAGCAGUCUUUUAAGAUUGGUCAGGAAAUUGCCGAAGCUGUAACUGCUACCAAUCCUAAACCAGUGAAAUUGAAGUUUGAAAAGGUAUAUUUGCCCUGUGUUUUACAAACAAAAAAGAGGUAUGUGGGUUACAUGUAUGAAACACUGGAUCAGAAGGACCCGGUAUUUGAUGCAAAAGGAAUAGAAACAGUCAGAAGAGAUUCCUGCCCUGCUGUUUCUAAGAUACUUGAGCGUUCUCUAAAGCUGCUAUUUGAAACGAGAGAUAUAAGUCUAAUUAAACAGUAUGUUCAGCGACAAUGUAUGAAGCUUCUGGAAGGAAAGGCCAGCAUACAAGACUUUAUCUUUGCCAAGGAAUACAGAGGAAGUUUUUCUUAUAAACCAGGAGCUUGUGUGCCAGCCCUUGAACUUACAAGGAAAAUGCUGACUUAUGACCGGCGCUCUGAGCCUCAGGUUGGGGAGCGAGUGCCAUACGUCAUCAUUUAUGGGACCCCCGGAGUACCACUUAUCCAGCUUGUAAGGCGCCCAGUGGAAGUCCUGCAGGACCCAACUCUGAGACUGAAUGCCACUUACUAUAUUACCAAGCAAAUCCUUCCACCCUUGGCAAGAAUCUUCUCACUUAUUGGUAUUGAUGUCUUCAGGUGGUACCAUGAAUUACCAAGGAUCCAUAAAGCUACCAGCUCCUCGCGAAGUGAACCUGAAGGGCGGAAAGGCACUAUUUCACAAUAUUUUACUACUUUACACUGUCCUGUGUGUGAUGACCUAACUCAGCAUGGCAUCUGUAGUAAAUGUCGGAGCCAACCUCAGCAUGUUGCAGUCAUCCUCAACCAAGAAAUCCGGGAGUUGGAACGUAAACAGGAGCAACUUGUAAAGAUAUGCAAGAACUGUACAGGUUGCUUUGAUCGACACAUCCCGUGUGUUUCUCUGAACUGCCCAGUACUUUUCAAACUCUCCCGAGUAAAUAGAGAAUUGUCCAAGGCACCAUAUCUCCGGCAAUUAUUAGACCAGUUUUAAAUUGUCAGUAUCACAGAAUUACAGGUGCUAUUUUUUUCAGUGUUUACCACUAAACUGUUGUGCAUGGUGCUUUUUAACUUUCAUCGAGUCAAGGAUGUUCACUGUCUAUCUGUUAUCUGAAGACUAUGAAGACUUCUAUGCUAACCGAAUUAAAAUGUACUUGUUGAUCUCUGAACAGCUCGCUUCCUACAAUGUACAAAUUCCUCAUUCUGUCACCUUUUAAACAUUGUUUCAUAAUGCAGGUGUUGGAUUUGCUCCAGUAUGUGUACCAUCUUGUAAAUUCAUUUGAGUAGAUCAUGUUUACUUCCCAGUGGAAGGAGCACUGAAAACCUCUUAAAGAAAAACCAUUUGUGUGUUUUCCUUGAACUGUCUGUAUCAAGACGUGUUACUUCGAGAUAUCCAUUCACUUUAUAAUUUUGACUGCAAAAUAUUUUGUAAAUACACUUUUUUACUUUUCAAACAACUGAGUAAAAUAAUGUGCAAUGACUUUUAUACAAAUGAUUUUCAAGUUGUUUGGUAUAUUUCCUCUAGGUUUUGCUUGACUCAAAGUAGAUCGUUAUUUUGAUCAAACUGUGCAAACAGUAGUACCAUGUGUAGCAUUUUGAAACAUUAUUUUUUAAAAAAUGCUGUCUUGCUUUAGCUAUUAAUGGGGCAUUGUGAGGAACUGUGCAAAGACAUUUUUGUUACAAACCUGUGGGCCUGUUGCAAUACUUUAAAAAUAAAAAAUUUUAUUCCAUUUGCUUGUUUUGUAUAGACGACAUUUCUAUUGCUUCUACAUAUGCUUAAAAUAUUUUCUUUCCUUAUGUAGUGUACAGUUAAUCUUAUUUGCCAUCAUCUUGAACACAAAAUGUGUAUUUAGAAUAUUUGUAUAACUGUGUAAAAUACAAAAGGAAUUAUGUGGUCAGUGCAUUGUUUUUUAAACUGGAAAUCAUUUUGUUUUAAAAGUUAAUAAUGGAAACCAUAUUAAAAUUGAAUAAAAUAUAAAAUAUA